AUGGAAAUUGAAGAAAUAAUCCUCCUGCAGUUAUCGCUCCUGCGCUCGCACGAGGCGGGCCUGGCCCCCGUGGCCACCCUGGGAAAUGACCACAGCAGCCAAGGGAGCGACGAAGGGAGCGACUCUGUCAUCUUCCUGGUGAUCCGCGUCAAAAACCCAGAUAACGAAAUCUCUUCGGACUGCAACCACCUCCUGUGGAACUACAAGCUGAACCUGACUACAGAUCCGAAGUUCGAAUCUGUGGCCAGAGAAGUCUGCAAGUCCACUAUUGCAGAGAUCAAGGAGUGUGCAGAUGAACCCGUUGGUAAAGGCUUCCUGGUGUCGUGUUUGGUGGAUCACAGAGGCAACAUCACGGAGUACCAGUGCCAUCAGUACAUCACUAAAAUGACAGCCAUUAUCUUCAGCGAUUAUCGGCUGAUCUGUGGCUUCAUGGACGACUGCAAGGCUGACAUCAAUCUCCUGAAAUGUGGCAGCAUUCGACCCGGAGAAAAGGAUGCCCACUCGCAAGGGGAGGUGGUGGCGUGCCUGGAGAAAGGCCUGGUGAAGGAGGCGGAGGAGACGGAUCCCCGGGUCCAGGUGUCCGAUCAGUGCAAGAAGGCCAUUCUUCGGGUAGCCGAGCUCUCCUCCGAUGACUUCCACCUGGACCGGCACCUCUACUUCGCCUGCCGGGACGACAGAGAGAGAUUUUGUGAAAACACUCAGGCUGGGGAAGGCCGAGUUUACAAGUGCCUCUUUAACCACAAGUUUGAGGAAUCAAUGAGUGAGAAGUGCCGUGACGCGCUGACCACGCGCCAGAAGCUGAUCGCCCAGGACUACAAAGUCAGCUACUCGCUGGCCAAGUCCUGCAAGAGCGACCUGAAGAAAUACCGCUGCAACGUGGAGAACCUUCCCCGCUCCCGGGAGGCCAGGCUUUCCUACCUCUUGAUGUGCCUGGAGUCGGCCGUGCACAGAGGUCGGCAAGUGAGCAGCGAGUGCCAGGGCGAAAUGCUGGACUACCGGCGCAUGCUAAUGGAGGACUUCUCCCUGAGCCCCGAGAUCAUCCUCAGCUGCCGCGGGGAGAUCGAGCACCACUGCUCCGGCCUGCACCGCAAAGGGCGCACGCUGCACUGCCUGAUGAAGGUGGUGCGGGGAGAGAAGGGCAACGUCGGGCUCAACUGCCAGCAGGCGCUUCAAACGCUGAUCCAGGAGACCGACCCCGGGGCAGAUUACCGCAUCGACCGCGCGCUGAACGAGGCCUGCGAGUCGGUCAUACAGACGGCCUGCAAGCACAUACGCUCCGGGGACCCCAUGAUUCUGUCUUGCCUGAUGGAGCACUUAUAUACAGAGAAGAUGGUGGAGGACUGUGAGCAUAGGCUCCUGGAGCUCCAGUAUUUUAUAUCUCGUGACUGGAAGUUGGAUACGGUCCUGUACCGCAAGUGUCAGGGAGACGCCUCCCGCCUGUGCCAUACCCACGGCUGGAACGAGACGAGCGAGCUGAUGCCCCCAGGGGCGGUGUUCUCCUGCCUGUACAGGCAUGCCUACCGCACUGAGGAGCAGGGAAGGAGGCUAUCGCGGGAGUGCCGAGCGGAGGUACAGCGCAUCCUCCACCAGCGGGCCAUGGACGUGAAGCUGGACCCAGCCCUGCAGGACAAGUGCAUGAUAGACCUGGGGAAGUGGUGCAGUGAAAAGACAGAGACAGGGCAGGAGCUGGAAUGCCUUCAGGACCAUCUUGACGACUUGGUGUCUGAUUGCAGAGACAUAGUGGGAAACCUUACUGAGCUGGAGUCUGAGGACAUUCAAAUCGAAGCCUUGUUGAUGAGAGCGUGCGAGCCCAUUAUCCAGACCUUCUGUCACGAGGUUGCAGAUAACCAGAUUGAUUCUGGGGACCUGAUGGAGUGUCUAAUACAGAACAAACACCAGAAGGAAAUGAACGAAAAAUGUGCCAUCGGAGUUACUCAUUUCCAGCUGGUUCAAAUGAAAGACUUUAGGUUCUCGUACAAGUUUAAAAUGGCUUGCAAGGAGGAUGUGCUGAAACUUUGCCCCAACAUCAAAAAAAAGGUGGAUGUUGUGAUCUGUCUGAGCACAACUGUGCGCAACGAUACUUUGCAGGAUGCCAAGGAGCACAGGGUGUCUCUGAAGUGCCGCAAGCAGCUGCGCGUUGAGGAGCUGGAGAUGACCGAGGAUAUCAGGCUUGAACCAGAACUGUAUGAGGCUUGUAAAAGUGACAUCAAGAAUUACUGCCAGAACGUGCCCUAUGGCAAUGCUCAGAUCAUCGAAUGCCUGAAAGAAAUCAAGAAGCAGCUGAGCACCCGGUGCCACCAGAAGGUCUUUAAACUGCAGGAGACGGAGAUGAUGGAUCCAGAACUGGACUACACGCUCAUGAGAGUCUGCAAGCAGAUGAUCAAGCGUUUCUGUCCAGAGGCAGACUCAAAAAAUAUGCUGCAGUGUUUGAAGCAAAACAAGAACAGUGAAGUGAUGGAUCCUAAGUGCAAGCAAAUGAUAACCAAGCGCCAGAUUACACAGAACACAGAUUACCGCUUAAAUCCAGUGCUCAGGAAGGCCUGCAAAGCAGACAUACCGAAAUUUUGCCAGAAUAUCCUGAACAGGGCUAAGGAUGAUACAGAACUGGAGGGGCAAGUCAUCUCCUGCCUGAAGCUGAAAUAUGCAGACCAGCGUCUCUCUCCAGACUGCGAGGACCAAAUUCGAGUGAUAAUCCAGGAAUCGGCUCUUGAUUAUCGCCUGGAUCCCCAGCUCCAGAUGCACUGUUCAGAUGAGAUUUCAAGUUUGUGUGCUGAAGAAGCAGCAGCUCAGGAGCAGACCGGGCAGGUGGAAGAAUGUCUGAAAGUCAAUCUGCUGAAAAUAAAAACUGAAAUGUGCAAGAAGGAAGUGCUCAACAUGCUGAAAGAAAGCAAAGCAGACAUAUUUGUGGACCCAGUGCUGCACACAGCCUGUGCCCUAGACAUCAAGCACCACUGUGCUGCUAUUCCACCGGGGAGAGGGCGCCAGAUGUCAUGCUUAAUGGAAGCUCUGGAAGAUAAGCGUGUGAGGUUGCAGCCUGAAUGCAAGAAACGCCUCAACGAUCGCAUCGAAAUGUGGAGCUAUGCUGCAAAGGUUGCCCCAGCAGAAGGCUUUUCUGACCUUGCCAUGCAAGUUAUGACCUCUCCGUCCAAGAACUACAUACUGUCUGUGAUCACGGUUGGCAUCUGUGUACUCUUCCUGAUCGGCCUGAUGUGUGGACGCAUCACCAAGCGGGUGACAAGAGAGCUCAAGGACAGGUAGAGCCUGGAUUGCCUGCUGAAGAAAUGCCUGCCCAGUGCCCAGUUUUGUACAGCCCUCCUCUGUAUAGUCUACCCACCCCCUCUGGUGAGAGGAGAAUUAAAAAAAAAAAAAAAAAAAAAAAAAAAAUUAGAACAGCAGCAGGUGUUGGCUCAGUUUUCCCAUCCUGGAUCUCAUCCACAGCAUCUUCAUCUUAUGAAAGUUUGUGUGCAACAUUGGCAGCCCAGCCAGCAGCUUUUGUUACCCCUUUGUUAGCAGACUCUCGUUGACCUGCCUGUAGACAAGUCUCUGUUGUACCUUUGGAACUGCCUUCACUCUCCAGAUCAGACUGAUAUGACCUGCAGCUCAAGCAGUUUUUAAGUAAAUUUUUAAAGAAAGACAUAUAUCUGCAUACCAACUAUGAUUUAGGUAAUGGUUCAUACCGAAAUACAGUCAUCCUCUGUGGCUGGGUGAAAUCGAGGCAGGAAAAUUAAGGGUAAAUUGCAUCUUACACCACAGUUGGCCUUGUUUUGGACAUCUUGCUCAUCUUAUGUAAAGCAUCUUCAGAGCAUAGUCUUGGACAACCUAAGGAUGCCAGUCGCUGGCGUCAUCUUCUAGUGAAUAUUCUGCUUUUGUUACUGUGGAUUUUUUUGGCUGAAAAGAUGUCCUCCCUUUCUUCCUCUGCCGCUCGCAAGAUAGAAUAAAAUACUGACCAGGAUCAGAUACUCACUCACGUGAGCUGUACAACUUGUAUUUCGGUAGAUUAAAGGCACGGUGUAGACACGAGGCACGUAGAGCCUGUCGGUAGCGUGCAGUGCUGCUGUCAGAGGGCAUCAAGUGCCCGGAUCAGUUAAUCAGCCAACCUUUGUAUUAAUGAUGAUGAAGUAAAAUGUUAACACUCCUUUUAUUUUACCUUGCUGCUGCUAAGCUGUCACCCUUCUGAAUUAACUAUCUCCGGCGGUACCGACACCCUGGCAGGACAGUGCUUUGUCAGCGAUGCGACGGAACGCUCGGCGUACCCUGUAAAACAGCUCCUUGUGGGCUAGUGCAGUGGCUUGCAGCUGCCCUGUCUGGGUCUUGAUCGUUUGUAUUACAGCACUGAAGAGUGUUUUUAGGUUUUCCACAACUACAAUUGAUAAGGAUAGUGACUGGUGUUUCCUGGGAUGUAGGACGUGGGUGCAGGUCCAGAAGGCCACGCAGGAGAGGACGGGAAGAUGAUGGGUACUGUGUGAAAGGCAGGGGUGUCUGGAUCCAUAAGGGAAAUGGCACGUUGUUAGUUAACGUCGGUGCGCGCGCUUCACCUCUAUAGUUAGGCUUCCAGAACCUGAUACUCGUACCUGAGUGCCCAGAGAAGGUGUCUUGUGAAAAGCUGCACCUGUAGUUGUGGCCCAUUGCCGUCAUCUUUGCUCCUCGAGCACAAGGAGGAGUGGAGGUCAGAAGCCACGUGCAGUGGCCAAAACCCAGGGAGAUCGAUUAUGUUGGUGAAACCCAGAAGUGACCGCACGAGUCAGCCUGUACAGCAGGAUGGACGUUAUUAGCCUCUUCGAUGUGCUCCCCUGUGCGUGCUGCAGAAACAAUCACGCGCCUGAACCUGUCCAGCUUGGGCUGAUGCUUGAACCAUGACUUUAUUUUCCCACUUAGUGCGCUGCUAGGUAAGAUCUAACGUUUCCAGUUCUCUGUAGUGGUCUCUAGAAGAACAGGGAGACGGUAUUGAGACCUUCUGGAAUGUGGACCAGCUGAUUCUCUUGAUGCUGCAUGUACAGAAUGGCACAUACAAAAUACUGUGAUGGCUUUUGCUGCCUCUGAGAAGUGCUAGAAAGGUGUACAAAGAAGCUUUUCGCAACGCCCCUUCAUCCCACUCUGAGGAUGGACAGCAAACUCUUAGCGAUGCCCUCUUAGACUUGCUAUGCUAGCAAAUUUUUCAUGAGCCCUUCUGUCUCCAAGUAUUGUGAGCAUAAAGCAAGCAGUAGAGAAAGUCUGAGCAGUGAAGACUGAGCAGAGAGCGUGUACGUGAUAGAUUCCAGUGAAGUUCGUAGGUAGAACAGAAGUGAAACCUGAUUUUUUUUUCUCACCCCUGUUCCCUGGUGCUAACGGACCUUAGCUGGCCCUCUGUAAACGUGAACUGGAACAGAAAAGGGACGUUUGAUCACAUCUCUCGAGGUGGCACUGGUGUGUAACACCACCGGUGAUGGUUUGGCAGUUAUAAAAGUGGCGCGUUUGGUGUGACAGUCCAAGUGCUGAAACGACUGCCGUCGAGGUGUGUUCGCAGAGCUGCAGGGAAGGGAAGUGGAGUCCUUGCGUGCAGUCUCGCUUGCGUGGCACAAGCCCUGCUUCUUGAAUGGCUGUCAGGCAUAACUGAAUUCCUAUCAGAGGAUUUUUAACCUUCUGAAGCUUCUAAAUAACUUCUGAAGAGGCAUUUUGUAACCUGGUUAGCUUGAUGAAAUACCCAAUUACGAUGGUUUAUUGUCUAAAAGUAGCAUCUUCCACUAAAUUCCAAAUGGCAUUGCAGUGAAAAUUGUAGGUUAGUAGCUAUAGCUCUGAAUGUAAAUCAUGUUUUGCUCUGAAGGCAACUUCUUUACUUUCAGGUACAAGGCUUUCUGUUUUGAUUGUUUUCUUUUUAAUUUGGAGAAGGUUAAGGUACAGGAGCCAAGCUUCCUCUAUUUUUGCGGGCUUUGGAGACUGCUGACGUAUUUUGCUGUGACACUUGAGAAUCGUUAGUCAGAACAGACAGCUCUGCUAGAGAGAUGUCCUAAAUGGUUUAGAAUAGAUGCUUUUCCCUCAAGUGUGUGCCUAGUCAUAGCCAGCGCGUGCACGGUGUGCCCCCUGCUCUUUGGAGCAGCCUUCUUUCCUGGAUGCAUGCAGGCACGGUCCCUGCUGGGUGGUGUCCUGCUGGGACCUUCAUCUGAGCUGGGCAUCUGCUGAAGAGGUGGCUUAGCGAAGUGUCCCCGUGGCGGAGCGAGCCCCAGCCUGUGCUCUGCAGUCGGCGGUGUUUCUUGCAGCGUCAGUGGGCUCGCCAGGGAAUGUGGUUCAGUGCGAGCGGAGGUGGUACGGGCACGUGCCAGGAGGCCCUGUGGUGCAAAGGUGGGAUAUUGAGUGAAUUUCUGCUCGAUAACCUCAGAUGUCCUUCUUUGCUAUAAGGGUGAAGACCAACCUUUUAAAGUGCAACACUGCUCAGAUGAUCUAGGCCAUUUUAUCUUUAAGCAUUAUACCCCAUGUUUCAGAGUCAGGCCUCCUAACGCUGCUAGUGACCAAAUUUGCUUUUUUUUUUUUUUUUUUUUUUUUUUUUUUUUUGUGACUAGAAAUUUACCAAUCCCAAUCUGGAAAUCUUCCCCUCCUAUUCAUGUGUAUACCUAAAAAACUAGAGGUCUCAAAAAACACAGAAACCCACACAAGUACUCUUCCAAAAAUAACCUGCUGGUGCUGUUGCCAGCACAUCUUGCCUGCAGGUAACAUUUUUCCCCUGCAGGAGGGGAAAUCAAUGGCUGUAUGACCCUGAGUCAUUGCCUUGACUUUAAGGAAGCGUUUUUACUUAUGUGAUUUAAUGGAAAGUACUAGAAAUAACUGUGAUCAGCCACGAGCGGUGGUGUGGUAGGACACGGGGUGCCCCUUCCUCUCUCUGACCCUCACUUGCCACCACAAAGCCUCCUGGUUGAGAUGAGAGCUGCUGCUAGGGGCAGUUUUCCUCCUGAUGUGGGGGCUCAGCUGUAUGUCUGAGUGGUGGCACGUGUUUAGAUGACAUGGGUAGGGCGGGCUGUGCACAACGUGCACCUCGUUACUGCAAUCCAGCUAGACUGUUAGUGUGCAUUCUUGUUGAACCUUAAGAAAUAAUCUUAUUUAUUGUUUAUCUAGUGGGUCUAAUCAAGUCCUUUUGCUUCGUUUCAACGUUGGAUUCUCCUGCCUUGCUUCUGUCGUUCAGGCUGUUGUAGUAACUCGUGGGUAGGAACAAAAUUCCUGGCACUUCAAGUAACGUCAGCUGUGUCUGCCUCACUGAAGAGGGAUGAAAAAGCCCUGAUGGAGCUCAAAUAAUCCUGUAAUAAAAUGUAAGCAUUUCACCCAGAAUCUGGCAUGUCAAGAUGCAUGUCAAGCUUGGAAUGCACAGUAAGCGCAUCGCGUGAAGAUGAGGGAGAGGACCGAAGGACGCAGCAGUACAGGAACUUACCGUGGGUGGGUACCCUGGGGAAGCGAUGUGGUAAGCCAGAGAUCACUUGAAUCUGACAGCGUUGUAGAGGAAGUGUGUUCAAGUUGGAUGGUGACUUCUGUUAAAACACAACUUUAUUAUUUAGUUGAAAGAAGAUUGUAGUACUUUUUUUUUUUUAACUUUGUCAGCUUUGUUUAAAAAAGGUAGUUUUGAGGUGUGUGUGUGCGAGUGCAUGAGUGUGGUAUGGAAUCAGAACAUUUCAUCUAGCACUUCUGCCCCUUCCAAAAUACCGUUCUGUGGACUCAAAACCGCUUUAGUGGUGGUUUGUAUGAAAACACACGACUGAGCACGGGCUUUCGAACCUUAAAAGCAGCUCCCAGGUACGGAUCUUUGUGCAGUCUUUCCCCUUGGAGGCCAAACUGCAGGCUCACCGCCCACGUGAGUUACUGUGUGAGGGCAUACUCCGACAGGGGGGGCCCAGUUCUCACAAAAACAAGAAAUCGGUUGGUACAGCUGUUUCUAUCCCAUACCGUUAGGAUUCUGCUUCGUAUCCACCGAACGGUUCCUGAAUGCUACCUGCAGACUUGCCUGUGUGGGACAGGGAAGAGUAACCAUAUAUUGCCACAUCCCGGUGAGAAGCAGAUGGCUGCUCUCUCUUUCCAGACCAUCUGAAUUUAAUAUUGUAGCUGAUCAAGAGCAAAAGAUCUAUCCCUGGGUGGAUCGUUGCACCCAGAAACCCCACCACAUUCCCCCCCUGCCCCCGGUAUAUACUAAAUAGAAGUGCUUGUGUAGCUGUCGGCUUGGGAAAUACUAAAAAUAGAGGGAAAGGGAAAGGUGUGACUUUCGCCCGUAGAUUAUGCUUUGACACUUGUGCUGAAUGGAUGUGAUCAGAAACUGUGACUAAUGUUUGUGUUGGACUGGAAAAA